AUGGACUCUCAAAGUGAUAUUCGUCACCAUUGUCCUGCGAUGGCCAGCGAGUGCUCCGCUUUACCUGAUGCGUCACUUCUGCUGGUGCUGCUGGACGGGCGUCUGCGUUGCGUUUCUCUGAAGGACGGCAGAGAACGUUGGUCUGCUCAGCUCCCUUGUGGUGAGAUGUUUAGCUGCGGCGAGUCGGGAAUUAUUUCUGAAAGGAGGCAAAUGCAUCCGUCUCCUUCCGAUUUUGCAACAUGUAAGCAGUGCGAAGUCAUGGGGGCGCGAUAUGGUAACUCCUCUACAACGGAUAGGUAUGUAUCCGUUGUGCAAAACCCAUGUGGUGGUUGUAGCGGGUUGUCCCAGCAUCCCUUCUGUGCUUCGUUACCGAAUAACGAGGUAGAUUGCUGUCUCAUUUUAUCACCACGGGAAUCUUCGGACGUCGGCCGUUCCCCGUCAUUUGAGUGGUACUUUUCAGGAGGGGUGAGUGGGAAAGGACGUGAUAAAUUAUAUUUUCCGGUAGAUGUGUUGCUUGAGCAUUUUAGUGCCUCUCGCUGUCCAGCACAUGGGCUGCGGGAUUUGAAUCAUAGAGAGAGUGUGUACAUUGAGUUUGACUUUGAUAACGGUGUGGAACUUUUUCAUCUCAGUGCUGAGAGGGGACUUUCGGUGCCUCGGCCUCGGAGGCCCCUGAAUGAUAAUGUCAGCUCUGACACCGCUGUUGCAAGUGAUGGGAAUGAUGGUCCUCAGAUGCCACUUUGUUCAACUUCCCAAAUUCGCAUUGCUGUUCAGCGUGCGACGGAUUAUCGAACCCUUUUCUUUCCACCAGUCCCUCGUUACAGAUCAGGCCCGUCAAAAGGAGUAGAAGACAACAGUCGCUCCCUUUUUGUAAAAAAAUCAACGGUAAUCAUAAAUAUUGUUGGCUGCCUCGAAACGAAUUCACUGGAAGGAACAGGAUUGGACGACACGCUACGUAUUGAACAAACGCUCUCCGAUAGCGGCGUUCGUGUUCAUUGGCUUGCAGUUGGAGACAAUAAUAAUGGCCCACAACCCACAGUGCCCGUUUCACCAGGUAUUGUAGAAUCUUCUCCUGUUGUUUCCGCAUAUGUUUUACAUCCUCACCGAUUGGCUACUGGUAAUGCAGUUACUGAAGAGUAUUGCGCGGGGGUUACUGAUUUUGAUGACGGAACUAGUUAUGUUAUGGCUUGCUGUCAAAUUCCUAUUUUAAAUUCAUCUUCGGAGCCAUCGAAGCAUGUGUUGAGUAUCCAGUCGUGCUUUCCUGAGAAUUUUCGUCGGAAGCGGCUGCAUGGGUUUGUCAAUAGACAGUAUGGAGUUUUCUUCUCGGAAAGUUUAAAUGUGCCAUCGAGCAGCUCAAGCAGCACAGUUUCUCCCUCGCCGCUUCCUACAGGCUCUGAGUGUGCAUCCAACGAUAAUGAGAACAUCUCUAAUAAAGCGAUGGGCGACGGCUUUUUUUCGUGUGAGGAAUCUGGGGAGGAGGCGAACCACCCAUCCCCAAAUGAAAUGUCGAGCGGUGCGUUAGUGCUUGGGAAGAGUUUGCUGUCUUUCAGUGAAAGUGAAAAUGUUGAGGCGAGAACACAAGAAAACUUCAUGAGCGGAAAACAAUCUUUCUUCGACGAGAACUUUGAUGUUUUGAUGAUUUUGGGCAGUGGUGCCUCCGGUGUGGUGCUUCUCACCCGACACCGUGUUACUGGUGUUUUGUACGCCGUUAAGGUGUUGAUUGUGAGAGAUAAAUUUGCGGAAACUGCUGUGAUGCAAGAAGUGCGAUUGCAUGCUGUACUUCACAAUGAGCACAUCGUUCGUUAUUACACCUGUUGGUCGGAGAUGAUCACACCAGCGCGGUUGCGCCAACUUGCCAGUGUUGGUCUUUGCAGCAAAAGGGAAGUAAGGCAAACAUUUAGGGCUUUGGAAGCCAAUUGUGUUAGUUGUGGAAGCAGCCAUGAGGGUGCCGGCUGGUUGAUACCCAGGCACGAGGGUCAAUUAGGUAAUUUGCUACUGUUGAAGUCACCUGCGGAGGAUUGCGCUGGAGUUUACAUGGCAGGAGAUGACACGGUCGAUGAUGGCACAGGCUCUACAGCUGGGUCUCAUACAGAACCUUCAGAGGAUGGCUCUGACGACACAAGGUCAAACUCGUGUGAAUCAUCGUCUUCAGAACGAAGUUCAUCAAUUCUUGAGGGGCGUGUUGUGUUUCUUCAACUAGAGUAUUAUCGUACAACAUUAGCGCAGCGUCUGGGGUCCCGAGGCAGCAUAGACCGUUUUGAGAACAUAAUUAUCGCACUACAGUUGUUCGCGGCAGUUCGUUAUGUACACAGGUCGGGUUUCCUUCACAGGGAUGUAAAACCUCCCAACAUAUUCAUUGAUUACCGUGUACAAUUUUCAGGAGUAGAUGGCCCAGGUGAAGAAGACAACGAUGAAUAUGAUUACGACCUGGACGAAAGUGAUGGAAACGGUUGGACAUGUACCAGUGUAAGAGAAGAAAAGGAAGAAAGGAAAAUGUGGACAGAGCCGGUGAAUGGUGGUGGAAAUGAUGAUGUAUCUGCACCCCACCAAGCUUUCCAAUCCGUUUUUGAGUUUCUGCAGUUCUACGCAACCACGCCGCCUUUGUCAACGUACCUAAAGAAGAUAAAGUGUGCUCAAAACGAGGAGCAGAAGCGUCGGGCAGUGUAUCUCAUCGGAAAGUGGACAUGCAAACGCUUCCUUCAGGUGCGACUUGGGGAUUUCAGUAUAUCAAAAUCCUUUUUGGCUCAACACGUAGAGCUGGCGUCGAACUUUGGUCGUACGGCAAUGAAUACGACUGGAAUUGGCUCAUCAUUGUAUUCUAGUCCUGAGCAACUGGACGGGGAACACUGUACGAGUUCAUCUGAUGCGUAUUCCUGUGGUAUUGUGCUUGCAGAGAUGUACGUACAGCCUAAAACUGUGUCUGAGAGGCUUCAUGUGUUGAAGGCUGUGCGCAACGGCGUUUUUCCAGAGAGCAGUCUUCUCAAAAGGUACCCGGAGCUCUGUGUGGUACAAUACCUGACGCUAAAGGAUCCGUCGCAUCGCAUGUCCCUUAUGGACGCCAGCCGAGCUCUACGUCGAACGGUUUACCGUAUAUUGCUCUCCUUUUUUUCUGAGGUGUGA